AUGACUUCUUCUCCGCAUGCGUCGCAGUAUGCUGCACCACCAGAUGGCCAGGACCCGCAUAAUUACACGCCCUUGUAUCCCAACGGACGUGUUCUGGAAGGUCAGGCACCACCGCGCAUCGCGUACCCGCCAGAAGCCGCCUACCCGAAGCUCGAGAAUAUCAAUGAGGUGCUCCAGGCGCAACAGGCUCUCCAAGCGAAUCAUGCCCUGAAUCCUCCGCUUCCCCAACAAUCAAAGCCGAACCGAUUGCGCAAAGCUUGCGAUUCAUGCAGCAUACGUAAGGUCAAGUGCGACGAAUCCGGACCACCGUGUAGAGCUUGCCUAGCUCUAGAAAUCCCAUGUACCUUUGAGCGCCCGAGCCGACGACGCGGACCGCCCAACAGGCAUGCCGAAGCGAUCAAGAAGCGAAGGAUUGGCGAUGUGGACUCUGGCUCGUCGAACCCGCAGUCUCCUACCAAUGCCGCCCAUGCGCUGGCCCAACUGCAGUCGUCGCAUCCAGCCCAGCUCUCUGCUGAAGAGAUAUGCGCCCUCCCGACACUGAACGCCCUCAUCGACGACUUCUUCACCUACAUACACCCGCUAUGUCCCUUCCCACACGAGCCGUCGUUUCGCGAAGCAUGGGGGCAGAGAGAGGACUUGUCGAAUCCCUCGUUCCUUGCCUUGCUGGCAUCCAUGAUCGCCGUCCUGGUCGCUUCCUUCCCUCGAAAACCACGCCUACAUCUCAACACACAGACGCGACGCGAAUACCCAAAUCACCUGUCCUUGGUCGACAAGUGUAGAGAUGUGUGUGCGCGGGCGCGUGGACCUGGUUAUCUCGAUCGACCCUCUCUGAACGUGUACGACGCAUGUACUAGCUACUUCCUGGGCUUGACUGGAGCCUACGUGUUUCAAUGGCGGCAACUACGAUUGUACUUGGCUGAGUGCUUGACUAUCAUACGCUCACUGGGUCUUCACAAACCAGAGGCUCAGGGUUAUACCUAUCUUGGUGGUAUGCCACAUGCGUGGGGUUCCAAUGGACCCAACUAUGAUGGCUCAAGAGAGUUCAAAGUAGACUAUAUCACUGAGGAAAUCGGUCGACGCGUAUUCUGGACGGUGUUUGUGGGCGUGCGGACCAUACAACAACUAGGCGCUUCAUUCGGAGAGUUGAUGGUUGCUCCUGCGACGCCCACCGAGCCCCUACCUCCACUACCCCGCGAAGUCGACGAUGUACACAUAUUCCCGAAUGAAAUCCAGCCACAGCGCGAAGGGGUCGUGUCCAUGAUAACUGGUUUCAACAUCAACGUGCGCAUCUAUCUAUCAUACUCGUCGCUAGCAACGGCAGAAAUGGCAUUCGGCAUCGACGAGAUAUUCGACUGGGAUCGACAACAACAAAUCUUUGCACAGAGCUUGCAGCGCUGUAGGCAGAUUCUGGAGAGUCUACCAGAAGUGCUCAAGGUCCAACCCAAAUCCAGCAAAGACAGUGGUCUCGAACAACAAAAACCUUACUACCCGCCCAUCCCGGAGUACUCCGGGAUGCGAGAUUCGACUAUGGACAAUUACCAAAAGCCGGAUUUCCAUGACAUGCGGCGCUACGAAAUCCAGAAAGCGAACAUAUACGCCAGCCAUCUGGCUACCCGCUCACACCUCGUGGAAAAGUACUUUCUUCAACUAGACAAGUACCAGCGGUCCAAGAACCAAGCAGGUGCGCAGAGCACUACCAAUGCUCUCGCAGCAGGAGUAGACAGGUUUGUAUCCAGGACCAACACCUCCGCUGAAGCGCUCGAAAAAGCAAUGUCGGAAGAACGCGAACAAGUGGUCAAAGACCUCCUAGUAGUCCUGGGCAGCAUCGACAUGGUCAACAUGGAGCCCAAUGGCGACUCCUUUGUAAGUCUAUAUGUUUACUUGCAGAAUUCCGAUUUCCUAUAUCAACCCAAAGCCGACGAUGACGCCUUUGUUUUCUCCAUGUCGACACAAGAUUUUUUUCGCCUAAACACUAUCAGCCCGAUCGCAAGCUUACGAUUCUUCCCCGCGCAGACUCAGAAGAUACGAAGUAUUGCCAGCACGCUACUUGAAGUGCCCAAGGAGCGGCGUGGUAGUGUUGCACUACAGCACCAAGACUAUCUUUACAAAUUCCUCGAUAUAUUGAGUAAACUGGAGAGGGUAAGUCCUGAGGCGAGUGAUCCGAGUGGUGCGCUUGAUGAGGAGAGUGAGUUGAGGCUUUGGGCGGAUUUGAGGGAUCAUCAGUUGAGAUUUCAGGAACAAGGGGGUGUUUAUGGGUUUUCUUGA